AUGCUGUUCAACGACAGUGGCGGGAAAAGUCAGAAUGGGGUCCCCGCCACGAAUUGGCAAUCGGUAGUGAUCGGUUUUGUAACUGGUAAGAACUGGCGCAGUAUCUUUCUUACUAAUCGGUGUCUGUAUAUUUUUUCUCAACAGGGUCUAUUUAGAAACUUUGACGACACAUUUGUAGAUUUAAUAAAGCCUCAUCUUGAACGACUUUGUAUAGACCCACAGGAGAGCAGUCAAAGGUGCGCUGUAGAAAUCAUCGCCGCUGUUAUCCGCGGGUGCAAACACUGGAAAUUUGAAAAGGUUGAAAAUCUGUGGGACUUUCUAGUGCCUCUUCUGAGAAAGGCCCUAUCGGCCGUGAACGUGGAGACCUUAGAGGAUUGGGGUACUUGCAUGGCUACUGCUGUGGUGAGCUUCUGCUAUUAUGGACCAAAUGACCUUUCACAGUAAAAUGUUGAUAAUUAGCGCCCUUGUUAGGAACAUGUCCUAACAAAAACCGCUUCUUAAAGGAGCUGCGUCACCGUUUGAACAGCUUGAAAAGUUUAGCCUAAA